AUGGAUCCUAGAGUUGCAAAACAUGUCAAUGAUAUUAACGAGUCUAUGUAUGAAUUUUUUGAAGCAUGUUAUACUGCUAUGAAACUAUGUGUUGUCGACAAUUUUUUUGACCAUUUACAACAAUUAAGUUCUGACCUAUUACAAGACGCUGUGGUUGUUUUAGCAAGAGGAUUGGUUUUGAAAAAUGACGACGGCAUUUAUUUGCAAUCUGUUGAAAACACACAAAUCAUGAUCAAUCCUAGGACAAAGAUUGCAAGCAAACUAAAACAGUGGUUUCGUAACGAUCAAUUUGUCCGACACAAGACACUAUGGAUAAAUAAGACUUCUCUUCCGCUCAAUAGAUUACUAUGCAUCUCGAAUUCAAUGCGUUUAUCCAUUUCUGAGUUUCACAAAUACAACGGAGGAUGCAAGUGUAGGGUUGUUGGGAGAAUAGAUGAUAUUAAUAAAGUCAAUAGUUCGAAUUCCGUAUUCAUGCAUAUCAAAAUAAAGGAUAUAAGUGGGUCAUUAAGUGUUGGACUAUCUCACAAGCAAAUAUGUUUUAUAUUACAAUUGUCCACUCUCGAUCUACCAAAACGAACUGAAGAGGUUAAAUACAUGGACAACAUACGGACCAAACUGUUCUCUCAUAUUGGAGAUGCAUAUGUUUUCGUACUUGAAGCGACAUUGCUAUGUUUUAAAUCUAAAGUUCAUAAAGUUGUGGAUGUUACACACGUUUACUGGGCGGAAGAGUGUGCUUAUCAAUUUACUUGCAAGUUGCCUACUUAUAGCAACCAAAUGGAUCACAAAAUAUAA